UUAAUAAGAAGCUCAUUGCUGGUCAUUUGCGCUCCUUUAACCCUGACUUAUGGUGAGCUUAGCCUCCCCACCAGACUCAUCUUUGAUUUGGUCUUUGUUUGGGCCGUUAAAUUAAAUAUCCUUGCCCAGUCGCUCGACCUCUGACUGCGAUUCUACCCAUCUUCGCUGCCCAGGGACAAUGCCAGCAAUUCCAGUCAUUUCCUUAAUAGAAAUCUUAUCUUUUGUGACGCCUUUGCCGUCGUGCGCCUAAGCCGGAUAUCGCACCUUUGACAUCUGCCCUUGGCUCCUGACAAAGCAACUCUAUGCUGAACGUUCACAGAACACUCACAUCCGGUCCGGAUUUUUGGAAAAAAAAAACUUUUGGAAAAAUUGGGUGUUUUUUUUAGCAACAUUUAAAGACGAAUAACCAUGAGUUGCUGCGGCUGUGGAACCCAGACGCCGGGCUGUUGCGAGUGUCCACCUGGCUUAAGGCUGGAGAAGACACCACAGGCGCCCUUCUUCGAUACGCUGGGUCCGUACCCGGAUGAGGUUAUCAUGACAAUCCUGGAUCGCAUCCUCUACCUGUCGGGCGCUACGAAAAUAAUUCCCAUGCUGAAUAUAGCGGGAUCGAGUUCAGCUGAGAAGAAUAAAUCCUGUUCGCCACCACCCACCUGCGUUACGAGUCCCAUCAGCACUUGUCCUUCGUCCUCGGCCUGGAGGACCUGCUGCUCCAAGCCGUCGAGUAGUUGUUGCACCAAACCACCGAGCACCUGCAGCAGCACAUGCAGGCAAAAGUUUUCCUCAGUGCCCUGCAGCGGAAAAUCAUCCUGCAUCAAGUCCUCGAGUCGUCUGAGUGCCGUCACCUGUUGCCCCCGACAACGUACUCCCAGGGUGGAUUUCGAUCAUCCUGCCGAGAAUAUCCCGAUGCGAAAGAAGGCGGGCAGUGCCAAGGUCGAGGAGCAUUUGAAACGAUCAAUUUCCGAGACCUCGUUGGCGUGUCAGCAUCUGAAAGCCAAGCUUACAAGCCAGGAAUCACCGAAACGCAUGGAACAGAAGUGGUUGUGGACUCGUUUGAUUCCUGCCAACAAUGGCUGCAUGGUGUACGAGGUCUACAAGGACUCGAAUGCGGAAAACUCGCCCUCCGGGAUCGAAUCGGAGGCACCCAUCAUUGUCUUCCUGGUCAUGCCAAAUGGUUACAUAAUGCCUUUUGAAUCGACUUGUAAUCCUUGAAGCGGUAGUGUUUGUAUUAAUUGUAUGCACUUUGUAUACUUUUCGAAUUGUGUGGUCAUGUAAUUUAUAUCACAAAAAUAAACUUAAGCACAACACUUAAUUUAAUCUUUACAUCUAUUUAAAUACAAGCAUUUAUCACACA